AUGUCUCUUUUUCCGGGGAAUCCCCUCCCCAUCAGGGGAUCGUUCCCCCAACCCCCAGCGUCCCCUCCCCGGGAGGGCCCCCUGCCCUCCGGUCAUCCCUACACGCGCGCGCGCCCGCAUCUCCUUUCCUCGCCGCACCCGCGCCCGCGCCCCCUUUCCUCGCCUCCCCCGCCUCUGCUCUCCACUGCCCCUGGAGCCCCUCUCCUUCCGCCCAGACAGAGACGACCCCCCCUCCAAGCCCCGAUCCCCGCUGGGCCCAGCCAGCACCCUCCCGCAUGCCGGCCCGCCGGAUCCAACCAGCUCGGCAGCGGCAGCAGCGAAGAGCUUCAAGGCUGGCUGGAGGCGCCCGCACCCCCUCACCUUGAGGCGCAGAUGAUGGCGACCGCAAAUGCCCAGCAGCGACCACAGAUCCGGCUCCUCAGACGAAAACCCACCGCUGCCUCCGCCGGGCUCCUUUAG